UUUGUGGCUCAUCCUUACAGCCAAAUGAUGCUGAAUUCAGUGCUCUACGAUAACGUAAGGGGAUAUAAAGACCUACAUUUCUUAAAGAAUACCGUCUGUUUCCUGCUGCUGUGGCUGAUGCUACCUUUCUUUGCACUGUGCUAUUUGGUGGCACCCAACUGUCGAAUCAGUAAACUCCUAAACACACCAGUCCUCAAAUUCAUGAGUCACACCGCCUCGUUUCUCUGGUUCCUUGUUCUCCUGAUUCUCUCCUCGAUUCAAGACAAGUUCCUUGACGAUGUUUUUGCGUUUUCACCCUUAGGUAAACAUUUUCUGUUUUUGUUUCUGCUGGAUAAGUUUUGGUUUUAUGUUGAGAGUGAGCAGAACUUCUGUCAAAAGGUUUCGAUCAAGGUUUGGCCGGUGAGGAGGAGGAGUAGUAGAAGUAGUUUAUUUGAUAAAGCAGGUUUGUUAAAAUGGCAGCGAAAUGCUGACGUGCACCUACUGUAUGUCAACUGAGUUGAUAAAAAAUAAAUAAAUAAAGAUGUAUUAAAAAUAUAGCGCACAAAAUAUUUACGUUUAAAAAUAGCAACAAUGAUAAGAAAGAAUAAAAACAAAGAAACAUACUUCAAACAUUUAACAACAACAGACAACAACCACAUUUCUAUUGUUUCCCACCAUCAACACCACACCACCACAUUUCUACUGUUUCACACCAGCAACACAUUUCCAUUGUUUUCCACCAUAGCCACCAUCCCCACCACCAGAUUUCUAUUGUUUCCAACGUCGCCACCAUCACCACAUUUCCAUUGUUUCCCACCAGCACCACAUUUCUAUUGUUUCCCUCUAUCAACAUCACACCACCACAUUUCUACUGUUUCACUCCAGCAACACAUUUCCAUUGUUUCCCACCAUAGCCACCAUCACCACCACCAGAUUUCUAUUGUUUCCAACGUCGCCACCAUCACCACAUUUCCAUUGUUUCCCACCAUCAUCACCACCACCACCACAUUUUUAUUGUUUCCCACCAUCACCAAUGCCAACAGAUUUCUAUUGCACUCUUAGCAUCACUAACACCAUUACAUUUGUCUUGUUCUCUCUCCUCCUGGCCUACUUCUCAUUCAAAUAACAAAGUCUUAUUACUGUCUCAAUCUUCGCACCUGUCUUAAUUGAAUUUGACACAACACAACAGCAGGUAGUCAAUACUCAUGAAAUUCCAAGUAAUGUUUAUGGUUGUAGUACUGUUGUUACAAACGCCUGUCCAAAGAGUAAAGCUAGAUUGUCAAUUCCUUUUCUUUUCUUAACCUGUCUUAACGUUGCAUCGAAAAAUCGAGAGCAUUUUCCUGGAUAGACUGCGAGCAGUCUUUAUUAUUUGUUUCGAGUCACAGUAGAUCGAGAGCACGCGUUCUAGGCAUUCAAGCAUGGCACAUUUUUAAGCGACAGAAACACGGGAAACAACAUGCCUUUACAAUUUGCAGUCGUAACAGCAAAAAUUUAUUACUUAAGAAAGCCAAUCAGAAUUAAGCCUCACAUGCAGGAACGAGUGACGAGGCCCGAAGAACGUCUGCUUGGGAGGCUCAUCAGAAACAGGUUAUUUUUAAUGUAACUAUAUUAAAGUUUUCAGGGUAAGAGUUUUUCUGUGUAUUCUGUUAUAAUAAAUAAUAAUGCAAAUGACUUUUUUUAAUCUUCUAGAUGUUUUUAUCUCGUUGUGGGUCGUUGGUAUGCUAUUUCAGGAAGGAAAGGAGGCCUAUCGUCAAGGAAAAGAGCGUUACCUGUCGCAGUACUGGAAUUUGGUCACCCUAAUUAUGCUGGGUCUCUUUGUAAUUUCAGGAGUCCUUUGGUUCAUCGAACAACUUCUAGUUGUUUCGGGAGUUAAGGAAGCAGCAUCAGUUAGCAGUGCAAAGGCGCUGGAAUAUCGUUUGAUCCUACUGUCCAAUGCCUUUUUCGCCUUCGGUACGAUUUUGGCCUUUUUUCAAAUUUCCAACUCAUUGCAGGUCAACUCGAUGCUCGGCCCGCUGCAGCUUUGCCUUGUCAAGAUGGUUCGAGACAUCGCCAAAUUCUUGUUCCUGUUCCUGCUGCUGUUUGUUGCAUUCGCCUGGGCGGAAAGAAAGGUGUACUCGGGCUACGUCCAUGCCAGAACAACAUUUGUUGCAAAUACAACAACACAUAAAUUUUCAAAGUGAGUAUUUAUCGCCCUCAGGGACGCUAUCAUGAGUUCUGGGGUUACCCAGCAGAUCAUUAUACUUAAGCAAUAGAAAACGUUGUCCCUGUUUGCAUAACCUGAUAUAAACACGAGAGAGGUUGGGAGAAUUCGAGACAGUUAUGCAAACCCGAGACGAAGUUGAGGGUUUGCAUAACUGUCUUGAAUUCUCCCAACGCCUCGAGUAUUUAUAUCAGGCUAUGCAACACAGGAAAAAAAUUUUCUAUUGCUUUUAUAGAAUAAAUUUCCCAAGAAAAGACGCAAAACUCUCUGUAUGGCACUGAUUAAAAGAGAAAUUCUUACCAGUCACAAAGUCUUGUCCACGAAGUCUUGCACGCGUAAUCAUUUCUUGUUUUGCAGAAGGAUGCUUUCCAAAAUACGGACUUUUCUCGCUUAAAAUGUCAGCUUAAGCGAAAAAAAAUUGACAUACUUUCUUUGCAACGAUUUUCCAAGUUUCAGGAAUGGGUAAAUAAAGCAAACUUGUCGAGUUUUGAACUUGAAAACUUUUUCAAACUCGUGCUUGCGUAAUUAGCGCGCGAAAAGCAAAACAUCUUGACGCCACAACCAUGUUUACAUAAUCUCAUGUUAACACUCCUCUCAGCCAAUCAGAGCGCGCAUGCUAUCUUAGUUAUUUUAUAAAAUCCAUUAUUACUUCGGCGGGGCGUGAAGUGAAGGAUUCGCGACGCUCAGGAAUGUCCCAAAGUUGCUUUUUGGGGACAAGAUUGGGCACGCAAAGUCAGUAGGUUUUCGGUUUUAGUCAGCUAUUUGACGAAGUGAGAGCGGAAUUAGUUCCACAUAUCUCGAUCUCGAGAUCACUUCGAGCUCUCACUUAUUCGAGGAAGAAAUAAUUACUAACCCUGGCUUUCUCAGGGUUUGAACCGGUUCACGUGUGAGCCGUCAGAUCAGAUGAGACCCUAAGUUGAGGGAUUAACCGAUUGCGACCUGCGAUCCAAGGUAAUUCGAGAUGUGAAAAAUAGCUUUUAAGUUAUGCACUAGGUACGGGAUAAGAUUGGUGCAUGUGCUAACCAAUUCAGACCGGCCUUUUGUUUCCUUCCAGCGACCUGAGAACAGGUUGACCUUCUUCAUUUUAUUUCAUUAUUUUUAUAUCUGAUGCUGUAGUCGCAAAUCCACAAUUUAUGUCAUUUAUUCUCAAACUCCAACAAUCUAGAUCAGGUCAGGUCCAAUCUACUCUUCUAAACCUUUGCACGAUUCGCUAAAAAGAAAAUAUACAAGCAAUAAGUAAUUACCACGGGAAUUUUGAACGCUAAACUUUCGUUUCUUCCAAAUAAAGAACUCACGUUAUGUAGGAGGUUUUGGAAAUCCGCAGUACAGUUAAUAUGAAAACAACAUCAAACAUGGCGACUCACUCUCCGCCAGUUUGGUAUAAGACGGCUACGCCUUAUGGGAGGUACAGGCUUCCCAACACUCAAAUAAAAAAUUGCUCAACAGGUAACAAUAUUCGGUAACAAAGGUUACAGUAUUCCGCCCCACAUGAAAGCACAUGUUAAGGGAAAGUUCAUAGUCGAUCGCUUCUGUUUCAAAGACUUUCUGUUCACAGAAUUUCUCCAGAACCUAAUUGUUCCAGUAAACAAAUCUUGGUGAUUGGCCUUCUGUACGUUGACCCUUUGGCCCUCACUUGUACACUUCUGACCAAACCGUCAGAUCCAGGAAACAUAUUGGUUACUCGUCCGAUUGGCCACAGACGUCGUGGGACAUUAUCGUCGGCAAUAAGUACUAGCUCUCCAGUUUGCAAGUUCCUUUGUGUCUUAUGCCACUUCUGGCAUUCUUGUAAAGAGGGAAUGCACUCUCUUAGCCAACACUUUCAAUAGUGGUUAGCUAGGAGCUGUGCCUGGCGCCAUCGCUUUUGAAUAAACUUGUCGCUGUCAUCAACCAUUUCUGGGGGUAGAUUAACCGUGGGACGAAUGUUUAAGAAAUGACUGGGUGUGCGGGGUUCAUCGUCAUUCGGGCUUGACGUAUUUCUUGUCAGUAGUCUGAAGUUAACAAUUCGUUAAGCUUUAGUAAAUACUGUUUGGAGUACCUCUUCGUUGAUGAGGUCUUUACCAAGGAUAGCCUUCAGGCUCCGCUUCACGUAUUUCACAAGUCUUUCCCAGACUCCGGACAUGUGCGAUGUGCCUUGAGGGUGGAACACCCACUUACAGCCUCGCUGCUGCAACUCUCUUCCCACUUUCUCUUUGUCAAUUUGUUCAAUAGCCUCUUUAAGUUCCCGAUCAGCCCCAUCGAUCCACUGUCGGAGCGAGGCUCAUUCACAUGUCCCCUUCGAUUGAGAAAUCUCAUCAGAACCAAGAUGAAGUUAUCUGUUUCCAGGGACCUAGCAACUUCAAGAUGGACGGCUCGAGAAUUCAUACAUACAAAGAUGGCUUCCCAUCUCUUCUCUGCAACCUUUCCCCUUCGUCUCUUCACGUAAAAAGGGGCAAAAUAGUCAACUCCUGAAUACGUGAACGGUGGCUAGUACGUUGUCAGCCUAAUCUUCGGUAAUUCUGCCAUUUCUUGAGUCAUCCUUGGCGCUAUCCGUUUCUUGCAGGAUAUAGAUCUCCCAAUAACCUCUUUCACUGCUGCUCUUCCUUUAAUCACCCAGAAUUGCUCUCGGAGAAGGGACAAUACUUGCUCGACUCCACAAUUUCCAUUUCUCUCAUGGACAUAGCGUAUCAGAAUCGUAGUGACAUGGUGAUGUUUUGGCAGGAUCACAGGAUUCAUUGCAUCAGGAGCUAUAGGGGCUCUCGAAAUCCUACCACCAACUCGCAAGACACCAUCACCCAUGAUCACUGGUUUAAGCUUCACAAUAUUGCUUGACGUCUUCCUUCAACUCUUACGGAAAGGUUCCCUUCUGUACCAUGAUAACAACUUCUCGUGCACUUCCUUCUUUACCUCAAGUUUCUCUUCCGUAACUUUCUCGAACUUGGUUUCUGGACGGUGAUCCUCACUUCUACGAAAGAAGGAUGGGCCUUUCAGCCAGCGCUCAUUUUUCAGAGAUUCAUUCAUCUCAAGGCCUCGACUAACUUCAUCAGCAGGGUUCAGUUUGCCAGGACAAUGUCUCCACUGUUCUGCUGUGAGGUCUCGUGUCUCUCCAACUCGAUUUGCCACAUAAGUUUGAAAUCGCCUGCUCUCGUUGUGAAUAUAGUUCAGAGUAAUCAAAGAGUCACUUCAAGAGAACACUAGUUCAAACUUAAAGUUCAGUUCCUUUCGCACUGCAAGAUUAACACGUGCAGCCAACAGAGCUCCCUGCAGCUCAAAGCAAAGAGUGCUGACAGUUCCUGGACUUUCCUACAAUAAAUGCACAUUCUAUUUUCUCAUCAGGGUAGGCAAUUCGUAGGUACGUAGCAGUACCGUAGCCAACUUCGGACGCAUCACAGAAACGAUGAAGCUGCAGUGUGGCUCCUUCAAGGUCAGUCCGACUGAAGUAACAUCUGGGGACUUUCACGCUUGCCAACCAUCUUUGGAGGAAUUCUCCUUCGCGGGGUUGAUCUCACGCCCUUAAUAUUUUCAUUCUACACAGUUCUUGCGUGAUUUGCUUCGCAGGCAACAGUACAGGCGCAGCAAGGUUCAGUGGGUCGAAGACCAAGCAGAUUGUCGAUAAACCUCCUCUCACUGUGUUUCUCUUCCCCAGCUCUAAGACCUUAAAACCAAACGUGUCUGACAGUAUAGGCCAAUGAAGUUUAAGUGCUCUGUCGAAGGGCAACUCAUCAUGAUUGACAUCUAGAGAUGGUUCAGCUCUCUUUGCCCGAGGUAUAGCAGACCAAACCUUGCGGUUGGUGCUUACAAAUUUUGUCAGAUUACAUCCGCCCUUAGCACAACGUUCUAUCAAUUGCUCCAUAAGCGUGAUUGCGUUUUCCGGUGUAGGUACAGAUUUAAGAGAUCAUCAACAUAGAAGUUGUGUCUAAGAGUGUCUAUAGUAGAAGGGUCAAAACUUUUCUUCAUUGUCAUCAGCGGUUCUCAAAAGGAUAGAGUUAGCUGAGCAAGGUGAGUCUGUGGCUCCAAAUAUGUGAACUGUCAUUACUUACUCCUGGGGCGCCUCAUCUAUGCUUCCACUCCACCACAGAAAUCUUAGUGAAUCUUGGUCUUCUGGACGGAAUUCACUUCCCAAACCAGAGCUACAUUCUCAUCGCGAAAUCUCAACAAGACUGCAACUAAACUGUUUGUGUAAUCAGGGCCCUGCAGCAGGUUCUUAUUCAAAGAUGUUUCCCCGUGUUCUGAGGCAGCAUCAAAGACUAUCCUGACUUUGUUUGGGUUGUUGCUGCUGGUGACUGCAAAAUGGGGAAGAUACCAGGUUCUGGGACCGGAUUUGGAAGCUUCUUCGUCUGACACUUUACGGGCGCAUCCCAUUGCUAUGCAAUCUUCCAUGGUAGCACGAUAUUUCUCUUGACGACUAGAAUCUCUAUGGAAUUUUCGCCUUAAACUUUGUAAUCUUAUUUCUGCUUCCCUGCGGUUGUUCGGCAGCUGAACAUCAUCUCUUCUCCACAACAGCUCCUUCUCAUGGUCAUCAUCAGCAGUAAGUUUCGUUGUUCUCUCUAGGAUGUCCACCGCCUACAUAUCCUCUCUGGACAAAAUGAGGUCUCGACGCCUACAAUCUGCUCCGCUAUCCGUUCUGGUCUUCAACGCCGCUUUCGUUCCAAACCCCUGAAGUUCCCAAAACGUCUCCACUUGGUCAUGUAAAUUCUUGUCAAAUGUGACAAAGUUCACUGAAAAGUUCCUAUGGUUCUGUGAACCAUGAAUUGUUCCAGUUAUGACCCAGCCUAAAGGGUCUUGCAGACCUUUCAGUUGGCUAUCAGGCUUAUUCGACUUCCGAACUUCAAGAACGUCAUAGCUUUACUGACAUCCUUUUCAAUGAGUACUGACACCUUUCUCAACUUCACUACAGGUAUUUCAAUAUCCACUAGGUGUGGGUGUGAUUUCCUGUCAAUAUCUUCAGGAAGGCACUUCUCUGCGAUGUUGAACUUCUCUGUUACAAGCCGUUCUUCAACGGUGAUGACUUCUCCUUCUCCACUAGCGGACUGCAACUCGAAUUCCACAACUUCAAACUUUUCAUCUUCUUGUUGCAAAGGCGUGCUAACAGACACCACCUCCUUCCGACCUUUCAGGUCAAGUUCCUUGGCGAUGUCGGAACUAACAUGGUUCCACGUGAGCCAGUCUAUCAAUCCGUAAGUGGUGUUGGACUUCCCAUUUGACGAUGAGAUUUUCACAGGUAUCACAUGAAGCAGGAUGGUCUUCUUCUUAGUCGGCUCUGUCACGUUUGCAUACUGCACUGUGCUCCUAACUUCAGUAGAGUUCGGCUGCUCACCAUUCCCUGGGGUUGGUGUCUUUCCAGAAGGUUGUCCUCCUUCACGAGUUUGAUUCCCUCCGUUGGUUUCAGCAGUGUCUCCCCUUGAGGGGUUGUGAGGAGGUCUGUGGUAUCGUUUGUCACUCCCACACGGACAGAACCUUUGGGAUUCACACCUGCCUCUAUGAUGUCCUGGUAUCAUACAAACAUGACACAACCUAUGACGUUUCGCAAUAUCCAAGCGGCUUUGGAGAGCUUUGUUUAGUAAUUCAGGGCAUGAAGACAGUUCGUGUAAUCCUGAGCAGCACAAACGGUUCUGCACGCCGGGUGGGGGCUUACUGUGUCUAUCACCUGUUCGAAGUCCUCUUCCAGUGUCUUUCGCGGUGACAUCAGGUGCAAAGGAUGAUGUCCGGCUUGGAUUUGGAGGGUCCUUUGUUCCAUUCUGUUUCUGUUUGCUCUUGUCUCCUGUGGUUGUCAUCAGGACAGCACCUGCAAAUCCUGGGUCAUUCUUAAUCGCAGCUUGUCGUUUGCCACCUUGGCAAGAUCUUCCAGACCUGGAUUCUUUCACUUUUCUCUAGUGGAAUAUGAUACGUCGGCCCACUUUUUGAUCAAGUAGUCUACCAGCGAUUAACUUCAUAUCCGCAGUAGUGCUUGCUUCGCUUUCAUAGUCCCCCUGUAAUCUCUUGGUGGCAUACUGAAAUUGUUCUGCAAAGUUACGUAGACCCUUGAAAUCUCCAUUUCCCAGUUUUGGUCCCACUGUCAACUCUUGACAGGCAGCCAUGACCGUAGCUGGUUGGCCCUAGCGAUCUUCUAAAUUUGCAACAAUAUCAUCAUAUGAGCACGCUGCUGAUCUUGCUACAACAUCAUAUGCUACCCCUGUCACAGACUUCGGAAGAAAUUCGAUUUUUUGAGCAUUAGAUAACAAGCCAUCUUCCAAGUUGUCUAGAAUCCUUCUUCUAAAGAAUGGAAAGUCUGCUGCACUUCCACUAAACUUUACCGGCUGCAUCUCUUGAAGUGUUGUGACUCUCAACAAAACCGCCUGUAUUGAAUUCGUGCCCAACUGUGGAGCAAAUUUGACGGCUUUGAGGUUCAAUGGUUUAGUCUCCUGCUGACAGUUGGCAACCCAAUCGGCUGCUCGUUCCGGUUUUGGUGGUUGAGGUUCAAGAAAGAAUCUGUUGUCACACUCAUUCUUUACAACCGAAUUAUCUUCAUUAGAUGCAUUUUCAUAAUCCUCUAAAGCCAGCAAAUCAACCUCCUUUUCUUCUAACUGAAAUUUAAAUCUCAUUUCUCUGACAAUUUUCUCCUUUUGCAUUUCGAUAUCAAUUUUUCUCUUCUCCAUUUCUGUUUCAUACUGUGCUAACUCUAAUUCCUGUUUAGCCAUGAUUUCUGUAAUUCUACGUUUUUCUUCAUUUCCUUCAGUUUUGAAGAUCUCGAAGAUCUGGACGACUUUGACUUGAAGUUAUCGAUGACAAUUUAGGUUCCAUAUUAGACGAUUUUAAACUACUCCUUAAAGUGCGAGGUGUACUUGGGCGUGAAUAAUCUUCAACUGUCUUUACACAUGGAGAGUAAUCGUCAUAAAUCUUACUGUAACGCUGUUCAACACGCUCAAAUUCCUCAACAGGCAAGUUUUUAAGGAUAUAACUCUGGUAUGUGUCACUAUAUCGAGCCCAUGCCUGUUCAAGGUUCUUCUUAACUUCACAAGAUUCCUCACAUUCACGUGCCUCGGCAAUACCGAUUUUAACUUGAUUUAUGACUGUACUUACUCGAGCCAAAUAGCCUCCAGGCGAGCGCCUUGCCUGAGACAUUUCUUCGGCUUCAAAAUCUUCCCGGUCUUGCAUAUUUACCCUUCUCGUUCGCCCAACAGGAUCCAGACUUCUCUCUUUCUCGGGAUCCAAUUCUGCAUCCUCGAUCUCGCCGCCAUGUACAUUCAUCUCCGUGUCGCCUUUAUCCACCUUUUCCUGGCUCAUAAUCGAAUGAAAUGUGGUCGCAAAUCCACAGUUUAUGUCAUUCAUUCUCAACCUCGAUCCAACAAUCGAGAUCCCUGAUCAGGUCAGAUCCAACUUACUCUUCUCAACCUUUGCACGAUUCGCUAAAACGAAAAUAUACAAGCAAUAAGUAACCACGGGAAUUUCGAACGCCAAACUUUCGUUGCUUCCAACUAGAGAACUCACAUUAUGUAGGAGCUUUUGGAAAUCCGCAGUACAGUUAAUAAAAACAACAACAAACAUGGAGGCACAUUCUCCUCGAGUUUGCUUUAAGACCGCUACGCCUUAUGGGAGGCACAGGCUUCCCAACACUCUAAUAAGAAAUUGUUCAACAAGUAACAAUACUCGGAGAUAAAAGUUGACAAUUGGAGAUUUCGUAACUAUUAAAGAGAAAUAAUAUUAUUAAACUCAGUUAAGACUAUAUUGGACGUAUGUUUCCAAUUGAACCUGCCACGGGACAAGUCAUCAUGUUAUUGCUUGUUAAGUCUAGGAGAAGCUAAGACUCUUAGCAAAUUAUAAGUAAAAUUUUGUAAAUAACUACGAAGCAAAAUAAUAUUACCGUGUCACAGUAUUACCAAAAAAGAUUCAUUUGAAAGGUCACACCCCAGAUUUUCAUCCAUAGAAAGAAAGACUUUACAGUAAGGCGUCUGCCUUGGGAAUCAACUGUAGCUUUAGUAAAUUACGUUUUCACCGACAAUCUGAUCCUUUCAGAGUUGAAGGAGGCUUAA